GGCCAGUUUGCUUUGCUCUCUUCUACGUGUUCACGAUUAUGUUCCUUCUCCUUCUAUCUUCACUUCUCCUAAUUUCAUCCUCUCUUUCCUUUAAAGAGGAGGAGGAUGCUCCAUGGUGCGGCCAUUGUAAGGCUCUCGCACCUGAAUACUCAAAGGCAGCCUUAACGCUUAAGGAAAGUGGAUCCCCUAUCAAGCUUGCUAAAGUUGAUGCGACCGUCGAGACUGAACUUGGAAAGCGAUACGAGAUCCAGGGUUUUCCAACACUCAAAUUUUUCAGAAAUCACCUUUCUAUUGAUUAUAACGGAGGCAGAGAUGCUGCUGGCAUAGUGCAGUGGCUUGUAAAAAAGACCGGUCCCCCUCUCACCGUCCUGGAAACUUCUGAUGCAGCCUCGUCAUUCGUAGAUCAAAGUAAUGUUGUCCUGGUAGCCUUCUUCAAAGAUAUCAACUCAGAUAGUGUAAAAAGAAUAGAGGAGAUUGCAAGACAUUUUGACGAUCAUCUAUUUGGAAUUGCUCACACCAAUGAAAUCCGCGAUAAGCUUUCCGCCAACGAGGACAGCCUUGUCCUUUUCAAGAAGUUCGAUGAACGCCGUGUUGAAUAUAAUGGCGAUUUUUCCAUGGACUCUCUUAAAUACUUUAUAUCCUCCAAUGAACUUCCUUUGGUUGUUGAGUUCAACCCAGAAAUUUCUGCUAAAGUUUUCGGCAGCGAUGUUAAAACACAUUUAGUUGUUUUUUUGUCUGCUACUGCCGGAGAUUCUGCUAACCGCCUUGCAACUCUAGCGGAUGUAGCACGACUAUUCAAAGGGCAGAUACACGUCGUUUAUGUCAACACGGAUGUAGCUGAUCAUUUGCGCAUACUUGAGUUUUUCGGCCUUACCAAAGAACAUGUCCCGGCAUAUCGUCUCAUCAAUCUCAAAGAUGAU